AGUAAUCGGUUACAGUUGGGACUUAGCAGAAUGCAAGAAGCGAGUAAUUAAGAAGGUGCUGGAAGAAGAGAACAAAUCGUGACCGUCCAAAACACCCCGUUCACGUAUCCCAUAUAAAAUGCCCCACCCGAGACUCUCUCUUUCUCUCACUUGCUUCCUUCGUUCUUAUCCGCACCACUGUCGUUAGUUUUGUUGCAAACACACGCACGCACGGACGCACCUUCUUCUUCUUCUUCUUCUUCUUCUUCAUUUCUCUUAUUCUGCCUUGUUCUUAUGGAAAGUGCAUCGGUAUCUUGGAUUCCCAUCACUCAAAGAUUCGUGAUCUUCCUCUCCAACACCCACCUAUAAUAACAAGACACUCACCCCGCACCUCCUCAACCAAAGCCUUUUCUUUUCUUGUUGCGGAUAAUGCUAUCUCGAUCUUGCUUAGGGCUAUUGAAUUUGGUAUCGGUGGAUGAUUACCAGGCACUGAGCCGCGUACCCAGCCUCAUGGCGGUUCCGGGAGAACCCACCCGGGACUCAUAUCAGAUCAGCCGUGACGGCCUCUCCAGCGGCGGAUCCGACGACGCCGUUUCCCCUCCCCCUCAAGAACGCAGAAUCAUCGUUGCGAACCAACUCCCUAUAAAAGCCACGCGCGAUUCAGACACGAAGAAAUGGAUCUUCGAGUACGACGCCGACAGCCUGUAUCUGCAGCUGAAGGACGGGUUCCCCUCCGACGUGGAGGUCCUGUAUGUAGGGUCCCUGAAGGCCGACGUGGAGGCUUCCGAGCAGGACGAGGUGUCGCAGGUGCUCCUAGAGCGGUUCCGGUGCGUGCCCACCUUCCUCCCUUGGGAAAUUCAGAACAAAUUCUACCAUGGAUUCUGCAAGCACUAUCUGUGGCCCCUGUUCCAUUACAUGCUUCCCAUGUCUCCUAGCCACGGCGCCCGCUUCGACCGCGCCCAGUGGCAGGCCUACGUCCUGGCCAACAAGAUCUUCGCCGAUAAGGUGACGGAGGUCAUAAACCCCGACGAGGAUUUCGUGUGGGUUCACGAUUACCACCUGAUGAUACUGCCCACUUUCUUGAGGAAAAGGUUCCACCGCGUGAAGCUAGGAUUCUUCUUGCACAGCCCCUUCCCUUCUUCGGAAAUCUACAGGACGCUACCUGUUCGUGAUGACAUACUGAGAGCCUUCUUGAAUUGCGACCUGGUUGGUUUCCACACCUUCGAUUACGCCAGGCACUUCUUGUCUUGCUGCAGCAGGAUGCUUGGUUUGGACUACGAGUCUAAAAGAGGUUACAUUGGCUUGGAUUAUUAUGGAAGAACCGUCACUAUUAAGAUUCUCCCCGUUGGGAUUCACAUGGGGCAGCUUCGCUCCGUGUUGUCUCUGCCGCGCACGGCCAAGAGGGUGGAGGAGUUAAAGGUGGAGUACGAGGGCAAGGUUGUCAUUCUUGGCGUCGAUGACAUGGACUUGUUCAAAGGUAUCAGCUUGAAGUUCUUGGCAAUGGGGCAGCUUCUUGAGGUGCAUGAGGCCUUGAGAGGGAAGGUUGUGUUGGUUCAGAUUCUGAACCCCGCCAGGAGCUCAGGGAAGGAUAUUCAAGACGUCAAGAAUGAGUCCGAGGCCCUUGCUAAGGAGAUUAACGACAAAUAUGGUAGGCCCGGUUACCAGCCAAUUGUGUUUGUGAAUGGUCCAGUUUCAACGGAGGAUAAGGCUGCUUACUAUGCAAUUUCCGAGUGUUGUGUGGUGAAUGCGGUGAGGGAUGGCAUGAACUUGGUGCCUUACACAUACACCGUUUGCAGGCAGAUAGUUGAGAGUGAGAGGCCUAAUCAGAGUGUUAUCAUUGUAUCUGAGUUCAUCGGUUGCUCCCCCUCCCUCAGCGGAGCAAUCAGGGUCAAUCCUUGGAACAUUGAUGAUGUCUCCGAGGCUAUGAACUCCGCCAUCACAAUGCCGGACGGGGAGAAGCAUUUGCGCCACGAGAAGCAUUACAAGUACAUAAGCUCCCAUGAUGUGGCCUAUUGGGCCAGGAGUUUUGAUCAGGAUUUGGAGAGGGCUUGCAGGGAGCAUUACCUCAAGAGGUAUUGGGGUGUUGGUUUUGGUCUUGGAUUCAGGAUCGUUGCUUUGGAUCCUACCUUUAGGAAGCUCUCAGUCGAUAACAUUGUCUCUGCAUACAAAGCUACACACAGCCGCUUGAUCCUUUUGGACUAUGAUGGCACUAUGUUGCCUCAGGCAUCCAUAAACAAGACCCCAAGUCCUGAGGUUCUAUCUGUAUUGAACUAUUUAUGCAGUGAUCCCAAGAAUAUGGUGUUCAUUGUGAGUGGCAGAGACAAGGAUUGCCUCAGCAAGUGGUUUGAUCCUUGUGACAAGUUGGGCCUCUCAGCAGAACACGGUUACUUCACUAGGUUGAGGAGGGAUACUCCUUGGGAGACAUGCGGGUUGACAACUGAUUUUGACUGGAAGAAGAUGGCAGAACCUGUGAUGGCGCAUUACACAGAGGCAACGGAUGGUUCUUUCAUUGAAAACAAGGAGAGUGCAAUGGUUUGGCAUCAUCAAGAAGCCGAUCCUUAUUUUGGAUCAUGCCAAGCCAAAGAGCUUCUUGAUCACCUUGAGAAUGUGCUGGCCAAUGAGCCUGUUGUUGUUAAAAGGGGACAACACAUAGUUGAAGUGAAACCUCAGGGUGUGAGCAAGGGUAUAGUUGUGGAGAAUCUAAUCUCAAGCAUGAGGAGUGAGGGUAAAUCACCAGAUUUUCUGUUGUGCAUUGGGGAUGAUCGAUCAGAUGAAGACAUGUUCGAAAGCAUUGCACGUUCAGUUUCUAAUCCAGCACUUCCAACAAUAUCACAAGUGUUUGCAUGCACGGUUGGCCAGAAACCAAGCAUGGCAAAGUACUAUUUGGAGGAUACUAGUGAAGUUAUCAAGUUGCUACAAGGACUUGCUACUGCAUCAGCACCCUCAGCUUUUCAAGAAUCGCAACAAGGAUCACUAUAGGAACUGAAUACACAAAGUAACAAAAGGAAAUGGAAAAAUCUUUUGUACAGAACCAUACUUACUUUUAUAGGUUGAUUCGGAAAAACAAAAAGGUUAAUACUUAGAAAUUUUUACAGAUUAGCUUCA